AUGAAUUACAUGAACUUAGGGAUCAAAUCCCGUAAGACAGGUAUUAAAGUCAAAGAAAACAUACGUAAAGAUGAAUUUUCAAUGGAGAACAUUGAUGACUUCUUUGGUGAUGACAGCUCGAUUCAAGGAAAGAUAAGCAGAAAGUCCUCUUUACUACCGCAAUUCAACCAGAAGAUUCCAGAAGUAAUAUUUGAGGAGAAUAUAGAGGAAAAUGACCCGAAUGACAUCAAGUUAACGCAUCACAAAGGUUCGGACAACCAGAGAAGCCGCGAUGAGCGCUCGAAUUCCUUCACGAAUUCUAGUAUUCAGGGAACCAAAGAGGAUGAUUAUAUACCACACAAUAAUGAUGAUUUUUAUGAAGAUUUGGCCUCUGAAAAUUAUAGGAAGCGCCCUGAGCUGCCUGCCACGAAAUCUCCAACGAGAAGGAAAUAUUUCCUAGAGUAUAACACGACGAAUGAUGACCAUGACCCAGUCCAGCUAACACCACCUUCAGCAGAGGGGGACAGUUAUAAAGACGUUCCUGAUUUAGUUGAUGACGACGAUCUCUCAAGAGUUAAUACUACCCUGAAUACUUCAGAUAACGCUCUUUUAGAAGACGAGUUAGAUGAUGACUAUGAACUUCAAAGCGAAGAGGAUGCUGACUAUGUAGAGGGAAUGUCUACUUUAGAUGGUGAUAACAGCUCUGAAAGUGACAAUGAGAGCUAUAGUUCCGAUGCUUCGGAAGUUUCUUCUGAUAAAAUAGCUCACAGGCAGGUGGAGAAUAGAGCUCAAAACAAGAGCCGCAACAAGUAUCUAGCUGAUUCAUCCAGUGAUCUUGAGUCGGAUGAGGAGUUCAUUCAAAGCCAAGCACCUGACGUGGUCAAUGAGGAUAGCAUACUGAAGUCCAAUGGGAUAAGAAAGUCUACGAGAGUGAAGAUAGCUCCUCUUGAAUAUUGGAGAAAUGAAAGAAUUGUUUAUAAAAGGAAAUCUAAAAAACCGGUUUUAGAAAUCGACAAGGUUAUAACAUAUGAAAAUGACGAUGGGGAAACGGAGUCUUUAAGAAGCAAGAAACCGAAACAGAGAACCAGGCCAUAUAAUUAUAUUCCUACCGGCAGACCAAGAGGAAGACCUAGGAAAAACCUGAGCCUAUCAGUCGACAAACGUUCUGAUCCAAAUCAGAAAUUACUUGACGAAAUACAUGCAGGAAGAGUCCAAAACUCCCAGUGGUUGCAGCAUGGCGUGCUCCAAGCUGAAGUCAAUGUUGCUCCACAUACUAAGGAAGAAGAAAUAAUAGCAUUUGCACGUGACACCAGCAAUACUCAACAUCACAGGAAUAACGAAGAGGAGAGCUUCUCAAUUGCAGUUCUUUUCGACAAACGCAAGAGUAAAUUUGCAAGUGGUAUCCUUAACUUACCGAAGGGUGGUCACAAUAAGGUGAGCGAUUCAUACAAUGUUUUUUUCAAUUUCUAUCUGAUAGAGGGCAUCAUUGAAGUCACCAUUGGCACUAGUUCAUUUGUUUGUGUUGAAGGCUGCUCUUUUCAAAUUCCGGUUUAUAACAAGUACCGAAUCGAAAACAAGGGAGAGAGCGAAGCGAAAAUGUAUUUCGUACAAGUGACAAUGCAAGAGGAUGGCGCGGAUAACUCGAUUGAUGAUGGUAGCAUAAAAACGAGGGAGAAGACAGUGGCAAGCGGCGACAGAAGUACCUCUUCAGACGAUAUGGAGACAUCCGCAAACUAA